AUGGCGGCCGAGCAGACUGAGAAGGCGUACCAGAAGCAGCUCGGCGUUAACGCCGGGUGCUCCAUUAAGAACAAGGCGCCCGGCAAGGCUGGCACCCGCUAUUACAAGUCCGUGGGUCUCGGUUUCAAGACCCCGCGCGAGGCUAUCGAGGGCACGUACAUCGACAAGAAGUGCCCGUUCACCGGCAACGUCUCCAUCCGCGGCCGCAUCUUGACCGGCACGGUGAAGUCGUACAAGAUGAAGCGCACGCUCAUCAUGCGAAUGGAUUACCUGCACUACAUUCAAAAGUACCAACGGUACGAGAAGCGACACACGAACAUCGCGGCGCACAUCUCCCCGUGCUUCCGCUGCUUCGAGGGCGACACCGUGGUCGUCGGGCAGUGCCGCCCGCUCUCGAAGACGGUCCGGUUCAACACCCUGAAGGUGAUCCCGUCCGGGUCCAAGGCUGGCAAGUCCUUCGCCGCGCACUGA